CACAAACUACAUCAUGCCUACCAACCAACCAGAAAUUUACGGAGUUGGAAGCAAUCGAACAUUCCAUGUUUAUUUCCAAAAGCUCACACAGCACGAGCCACAACCGGGCUGUAUCAAACUCAAGUGAGCCAGCCACCAUCCCCUAUUGCGGGAGACUAAACCAGAUACGACCUCACUAAUUUCCUUUACCUAGCCAACAAUGACACUGACAGCCCAUGACAUUGACUUCGGCUAGCAUGGAACCUUGAGGUCGCUGGAACUGUCGCCUCACAGGAGAGAAUGAGCAUGGAUUCACUAUUUUAGUUGCUCACGGCUUGUUGCUAACUCAUCAACGGUGGGUAUAUAGACUGUUGGAUGUCCAUCUGCUCUACCUCUUCCUUUCUCCUCCCUAUCCCUCUAUCAAGCAUCAAUUGCCUAGUCACUCAUUUGGAAUCUCAGAUUCAAUUACACUCUUUACAAAACAUUUUCCAGUUAUUCUUCAUUAUCUCAUCCGUUUUCUCUCAACCCAAAAAAUAACCCCUUUUACAAAUUCAAAAUGAAGGCCUCAUUAGUAUCGGCCCUCUCUGUCGUCGCUGUCGUCUCGGCAGCUAGCAAUGACACCAUGGUCACUUCUACGAUCCUCCUUACUAAGGUCGCCACGGUCACUAGCUGUGCUCCAACCGUGACCAACUGCCCAGUUGGCAGAGUCACCAGUGAAAUCUGUAAGUUCGACGUACCUAGAUCCGAGAUGACCGAAUACUAAUCAACAUUCUAGUCACUACCACCACUAUCUGCCCAGUGUCUGCUACUUUCGUACCAGCACCAUCCACCACCCCAGCGGCUGGUCCAGUCACCCAGACCUUCUACAAUACCAAGGUCUACACCAUCACCAGCUGUCCCCCAAGCGUUACCAACUGCCCAGUUGGAAUGGUUACCUCAGCUGUUGUCACUUCGACCUCCGUCGGGCCAGUUCCAACUGGUCCAGCUUGCAGCGGUCCAGGCUGCCCAGCCCCUGGCAACGGAAACAGUGGAACCCCAUCUGGUCCAGGAUCUGAGGAUGGAGAUGAUGAGGACGAUGUCGAGGAUGAGGGUGACCACCCACACGCUGAAAACACCGAGGAGAAUAACAGCGGAACCCCAUCUAACCCAGGUGAAAUGGGUAACUGUGGCCCAGCCAUCACCUCAUACAUCACCGUCACUGCUGGCCACCUUCCUUCUCCUGUCCCAGCUGGUCCAGCAUCUGUUGGCGUUCAAUCUGCCCCAGCUGGAUGCGGAGGCCCAGGAAGCCCAAAAUGCCCAAUUGCCACUGGAACCCCAUCUUACCCAUCCAAGGCCGCUACUUGCGGUGGACCAGGUAGCCCAGCAUGCCCAAUCUACGGUACUGCUGCUCCAUCUGCCGGAGGAUUCAUCGGAGGGUUCACCAACGCCACCUCUGAAAUCCCUUUCACCGGAGGAGCCGCCACCCAGAAGGCCACUGGUCUUUUGAUGGCUGUUGGUAUCAUCGCCGCUCUCUUGUAAACACCUUCGAUAGGCAGUUUCUGAAAAUCAGCGAUGUACUGAGGAUGUUGAAGGGAUAUGUUGAUUUGUGAAAUCGGGG